AUGAACAGCUGGCUGGUGACGAGGUUUGUGCCCUCCAUCUAUACCGUGGUUCUCCUCGUGGCUCUUCCUCUCAAUAUAAUGGCGAUCGUCGUGUUCUUGGUGAAGGUGAAGGUGAAGAAGCCGGCAGCGGUGUACCUGCUGAACCUAGCCACUGCUGAUGUUCUCUUUGUUAGUAUUCUUCCCUUCCACAUCGUAUACCGAUUCUCAGGAAAUAACUGGGUGGUGGGGGAAGGGAUGUGCCGAUUUGUCACGUCCAUGUAUUUAAGUAACAUGCGUGGAUCUAUCCUGCUGAUGAUGAUGAGUAUCAGUGUGGACCGGUUCCUGGCUCUGGUCUACCCAAUCCAGUCCCUUCCGUGGCGCACAGUGAGACGAGCCUGGCUGGUGUGUUGCUGCAUCUGGGCGAUAUCGAUGGCCAGCACCGCGCCGAUUCUCAUAGCGCAACAAACCCAAACAUUUCCCGACCUAAAGAUCACAACCUGUUCUGAUGUUCAGGAUGCCGAAUUGGUUGAAAGGUUUCAUGUUUACUACAUUUUCCCCUUUUUUAUCUCACUUUUAUAUUUCUUGCCUUUAAUUAUCACAACCUUCUGUUACAUUGGAAUCGUCCGCAGUCUCAGCGCUCCAAAAAUGAAGGGCGCCCAGAAGAGAUCCCGAGCCGUCCUCCUGUCUGUGGUUGUGAUGUGUGUGUUUGUCCUCUGCUUUGGCCCAGCCAAUGUCAUUUGGUUCAUGCAUUUCCUGAAGGUCUAUCACCAAGCCGGCAACUUCCUGUACAUCGUCUACGUCAUCAGUGUCAGUAUGAGCAGUGUCAGUUGUUGUCUGGAUCCUCUGAUCUAUUACUAUGCAUCCUCCCAGUGGCAGAGACACGUGUACAGCCUGCUGGGAUGGAAGAGAGAACAUACACCACCAGUAGACCAGCAGCGGGUCCUCCUCCACCAGUAG